ACCAUGGAGCAGCUCUUUGUUUUUGUGGGGCAGCUUGUGUGCCUGCUCUGCCUGCUCAAGUGUGUGAGGCUUUCCCGGUACCUCUUGCUGAGCUUCUGGAAGGUUUUACCAGGGUCUUUCCUGCGAUCGAUGGGACAAUGGGCAGUGAUCACCGGAGCAGGAGAUGGCAUCGGGAAAGCCUAUGCAUUUGAGCUGGCCAAACAUGGACUCAACGUUGUACUUAUCAGCCGGACACUGGAAAAGCUACAGGCCAUUGCAGAGGAGAUUGAGGGGACCACUGAAAGCCGUGUGAAGAUUGUGCAAGCAGAUUUUACCAAAGAAGACAUUUAUGACCAUAUUAAAGAAAAACUUAAAGGUUUAGAAAUUGGAAUUUUAGUCAACAAUGUUGGAAUGCUCCCCAGCCUGCUCCCAAGCCGUUUCCUGAACACUCCCGGUGAGAUCCAGAGUCUCAUCCACUGCAACAUCACGUCUGUAGUCAAGAUGACACAGCUUGUUCUGAAGCGCAUGGAGUCAAGGCAGAAAGGCCUCAUCUUGAACAUUUCUUCUGGGGCAGCCCUUUGUCCCUGGCCUCUGUAUGCCCUGUACUCAGCUUCCAAGGCUUUCGUGUGUACAUUCUCCAAGGCCCUGCAUGUGGAAUACAGAGCUAAAGGAAUCAUUAUCCAGGUGCUGACCCCUUAUGCUGUCUCAACCCCAAUGACAAAGCAUCUAAAUACCAACAUGGUGACCAAGACUGCGGAAGAGUUUGUUAAAGAGUCCUUGAAAUACGUCACGAUUGGGGAUGAAACCUGUGGCUGUCUUGCUCAUGAAAUCUUGGCAAUGCUGCUGAACCUGAUCCCUUCCAGAAUCUUCUACAGCGACACCUUCCAAAAAUUCUUCCUGACAGGCUACUCAGAUUAUCUGAAGCGCAACACCAGCAACAGAUAG